CGCGGACACCCGAAGCUGGUGCGUGCGGUGUUGAGCUCGUUCACCCGGCGCCUGCAGGGCUCGCCUGAGGAUGGUCUGGCAGCGUGGUGCAGCUGCCUCACUUGUGGUAUCAGAUGUUUGAACAUGGGGCUCACCAGGCAGUACCUACGCUAUGUUGCCAGUGCAGUCUUUGGCCUUAUUGGCAGCCAGAAGGGUAAUAUUGUCUUUGUGACACUUCGUGGUGAAAAAGGACGCUAUGUGGCAGUACCAGCCUGUGAACAUGUUUUCAUCUGGGACUUAAGGAAAGGAGAGAAGAUUCUCAUCCUGCAGGGGCUUAAACACGAAGUCACUUUCUUGUGCCCCUCCCCAGAUGGGCUGCACUUAGCUGUUGGUUAUGAGGAUGGGUCUAUCCGAAUCUUCAGUCUCCUGAGUGGGGAAGGAAAUGUGACCUUCAAUGGACACAAAGCAGCAAUCACUUCCUUGAAGUAUGAUCAGCUAGGAGGCAGGCUGGCAUCUGGGUCCAAGGACACAGAUAUUAUCGUGUGGGAUGUGAUCAAUGAAAGUGGCCUCUACCGUCUAAAGGGGCACAAGGACGCUGUUACACAAGCAUUGUUUCUACGAGACAAGAAUCUGCUAGUUACUAGUGGGAAAGAUACCAUGGUGAAAUGGUGGGACCUUGAUACCCAGCACUGCUUCAAAACAAUGGUUGGCCACCGAACUGAGGUAUGGGGUUUGGCUCUGGUGUCAGAAGAAAAGCGACUCAUCACUGGGGCUUCUGACAGUGAACUGAGGGCUUGGGACAUAGCUUACCUGCAAGAGAUGGAAGACCCAGAAGAACCAGAGCCCAAGAAAGUCAAAGGGUCUUCCCCUGGAAUACAGGACACACGUGAAGCAGAGGAUGGUACCCUUGAGAUGGAUGAAGCUCCUGAGGAUCGCAUCCUUACGUGUAGAAAAGCUGGUUCCAUAAUGCGGGAAGGAAGGGACAGAGUUGUGAACCUUGCAGUCGACAGGACAGGCAGGAUUCUUGCUUGCCAUGGGACUGAUUCUGUGCUAGAAGUGUUUCGUAUCCUUUCCAAGGAGGAAAUUCAGAAGAAAAUAGACAAGAAGAUGAAGAAAGCUAAAAAGAAAGCAAAAUUAAAUUCUUGCAAAGAGGAGGAGGAAGACCUUGAAGUCAAUGUUGAAAUGACUCUGCAAGAUGAAAUCCAACGGGUGACGAAUAUCAAAACUUCUGCCAAAAUCAAAUCCUUUGACUUGAUUCAUACUCCUCAAGGAGAGUUAAAGGCUGUCUUCCUGCUGCAGAACAACUUGGUGGAAUUAUAUUCACUGAAUCCAUCCAUGUCAACUCCUCAGACUGUCAGGACAAACAGAAUUACCAUCGGGGGUCAUCGCAGUGACGUGCGGACUUUGUCAUUCAGCUCAGACAAUAUCGCUGUCCUUUCAGCAGCAGCUGAUUCCAUUAAGAUAUGGAACAGGUCUACGCUGCAGUGUAUUCGCACGAUGACCUGCGAAUAUGCACUUUGCUCAUUCUUUGUACCUGGUGAUCGGCAGGUGGUCAUAGGAACAAAGACAGGAAAGCUGCAGCUUUAUGACUUGGCCUCAGGAAAUCUGCUGGAGACAAUAGAUGCACAUGAUGGAGCUUUAUGGUCCUUGUCUCUCUCUCCAGAUCAGCGUGGCUUUGUGACAGGUGGUGCAGAUAAAUCUGUCAAGUUCUGGGAUUUUGAGUUGGUGAAAGAUGAAAACAGUACCCAGAAGAGGCUUUCUGUGAAGCAAACCCGAACCUUGCAACUAGAUGAAGAAGUUCUGUGUGUCAGUUACUCUCCCAAUCAAAAGCUGUUGGCUGUGUCUUUGCUGGACUGUACUGUGAAAAUUUUCUAUGUUGAUACUUUAAAGUUUUUUCUCUCACUGUAUGGACACAAACUGCCUGUCAUAUGCAUGGACAUCUCUUAUGAUGGAGCACUGAUAGCAACUGGCUCUGCCGACAGGAACGUGAAGAUCUGGGGUCUGGACUUCGGGGACUGCCACAAGUCUCUGUUUGCACAUGAUGACAGUGUGAUGUACCUAAAGUUUGUACCCAAGUCUCACCUCUUCUUCACUGCUGGGAAAGACCAUAAGAUUAAGCAGUGGGAUGCAGACAAAUUUGAACACAUACAAACUCUGGAGGGGCAUCACCAGGAAAUAUGGUGCUUGGCUGUAAGCCCCAGUGGGGACUAUAUUGUAUCGUCGUCCCAUGACAAAUCUCUGAGACUUUGGGAGAGAACAAGGGAGCCUCUUAUUCUUGAGGAAGAAAGGGAGAUGCAAAGGGAAGCAGAAUAUGAGGAGAGUGUGGCCAAAGAAGACCAACCAGUAGUUCCGGGAGAGACUCAAGGUGACAAUUACUUUACUGGAAAGAAAACUAUUGAAACGGUCAAAGCAGCUGAGAGGAUCAUGGAGGCUAUUGAGCUGUACCGAGAAGAAACUGCAAAAAUGAGAGAACACAAAGCCAUUUGUAAAGCUGCAGGGAAAGAGGUUCCUCUUCCCAUCAACCCCAUCCUGAUGGCUUAUGGCAGUAUCUCUCCUUCAGCUUAUGUGUUGGAGAUUUUUAAAGGAAUCAAGUCAAGUGAGCUGGAAGAAUCUCUGCUUGUGCUGCCUUUCUCUUACAUCCCAGACAUUCUUAAGCUCUUUAAUGAAUUCAUCCAGCUGGGUUCUGAUGUUGAACUUCUAUGUAGGUGCCUCUUCUUUCUCCUCAGGAUUCACUUUGGCCAGAUCACUAGCAACGAAAUGCUUGUGCCAGUGAUUGAAAAAUUAAAGGAAACAACUAUUUCAAAAGUCAGCCAAGUCCGGGAUGUUAUCGGCUUCAACCUAGCAGGUCUUGAUUAUCUCAAGAGGGAAUGUGAGGCAAAAAGUGAAGUUAUGUUUUUUGCUGAUGCUACCAGCCACUUGGAAGAAAAGAAGAGGAAAAAGAAAAAGAGGGAGAAGCUGAUUUUAACAUUGACUUAGAACUGAAAUGUGGUGCCUUUUUCAACUUUUUCUUGAAAAGGACUUCCAAACUAAGCAGCAGUAGAGUUGGUGUAAUCUUUGAAAUAAAUAAGAGGUUAUCAUGUUGCAAAAGAAAGAUCCUAGGAUGUGUUUCCUAACUUUGCCUGAGGGAAUUCCAACAUAGCAGUAUGGGCUCCAUUUCUUGGCCUGAAACACAGACUAGUUUAAAAUCUGUGCUCUGAAUGGCAAGCCCUGCAGGAGUUGUUCCCUUCUAGCAGGAAGCAAAGAACUUUUUUAAAAUUAAGUAUUUGUUUCACUAGAGUUGAAAUUAACAUUUCAGAAGUUUUCCUUAUUUCUUUUAUGUCAGAAGAUUUGUUGGGUAAUUUGUUGCCUCUCUGUAUUAGGUUUUACUGCCUACUGAGACAAUCAGGUAUGUAACUGAUUGCCCUCUGCCCAUAAAUGCAGAGUCUUGGACUUACAGAACUGAAAGGGACCAUAAAAGUUAUCUAGAACAGCCUCUUUAAACUUAACCUCUUGUAGGUGGUUUUAUCUGUGUAUAAAAAGCUCCUAAUUAAUUGCUGUUUAUACUUCUCUAAGUAGUUGUUUCUAAUUAAAGAGUAGUCAAGUAGAGAUGCCUUGCUGUGCACUAAUCAAAGAGAAGGGGAACUUACCUCAGAUAAAGUGAAAUGUACAGUAAGUAACUGAGCUAUAUAGCUUUUGGUCAAAGUAUCUGAAACUCCUUACCUAAAGGUUUGAGGUUAACAGGUGAGUUUAAAAAAAAAUUCUAAGCCAAGCUAAUUUCUAGUCAUUAAGUCAGAAUUUAUUGGUUUAGCCAGAUAUUGGCUACAUACAAUCCUUUGUACUGAAACCAUUUAAUGAAUAAUCUCUUGCAAAUGAUGCAUUGUUACCUAUGGAAGCCUGUAAUGCCAUAAAGAGGAGGCUCAUGAAUGGUUUAUUAGGAGUAUACCAUCUAAGCUUAACUUAAA